AUGGACGAAGAAGACAGGGAAAGUCCAUCUGAUGAGGCGUCAGACAAUUGUGGACUGCUGGGUGUCCACCUCAGCACUGAUAAGGACAUUGAGGAUGAAGGUUCAGACCAGGAACCUACUCCUCCCCCUGAUUUGGAUUGGUUUGAAGAAUUGUCUGAAGAAGAAGAUGGUGAUGGUGACCUUGUGGUUACGGCCGAUUAUGGUAAGAAGAGGAAUUAUGCCGAGACAGCACGGAUGUUCAAGCUGAGACGAAACCUGGACCAGCUGGACUGCUUUCACCGACAGAAGGAGCAUGACGUGCUGAAAGCCAGAGAAGAGCUGAAACUUUGUCGUCAGAACAUUAAAAGUUUGGUGGAGCAGAGGGAUAACUUGGAGAAAGAGAUAGAGCGACAGAAAGCAGCAGACAACAGUGUGGGAGUGUUUCGUUUACGAGCCCAGCAUAAGCAUCUCUGUCAAAAGCUGCAGAGUGAAGAGGAGCUGGAAGGCCACAUCAACACCGAGCUGAAGCAGUUAGAACUGGAGCUGAGUGAGGUGGAGGUGGAGCUUGGCAGGUACUCAUCGCUCCGGCAGGAGGUGCAGGAGGACGAGCGGGCCUUCCAGGUCCUUAAGGCCCAGAAGGCAGCAGCAAGGCUGAGGCAGGAGAGGCAAGCUAGCCAGAACCUGCAGCUCAAGAUGCAGCAUCUCAGGGAUAAACAGACAGCUAGGAUGAAGAAAGAGGAGAAUGAAUGUCAGAAGAAAAUUGAAGAGCGCCGGGCGAACCACAAGAUAGCUGCCAAGUACUUGAAAGAGACCAUUAAAAGGAUGCAUCAGCAAGAGGCUGAGAAGGAGCAACAGAACAAGGAGUUACAGGAAAAGAGGUUACAAGCUGUCAAGUCUCUGAAAUCAAACAUAGCAGCCACUCAAGAGGCCUUACGGGUCCAACAGCGCAGAGCCAAAGCAAGUGCCCAGAAGAAAGAACAGCAACAGAGACAACUGAGAGAAUCCCUGCAGGCCCAAGGCAUCAACAGUAUCAAGCAUAUGCACCAACAGAAACAACUAGAGAAGAUUAAACAAAAACAAGAGGAAUUCGAAGAGAGGCAGAAGUCAAAGAGGGUGGCAAUUGUAGCAAAAAUCCUCCAGGAGGAACAGCUGGUAAAGAACAGAAAGAGACACCAGUCAAAGCUGCCUGAACUCUCAACCACUGACAAGUUCCCAUCUCUAGGGAGGGCGAGAGAAAAGCUCCUGUAUUACCUGGAUCCCAGCCCCCCAGCAGCCACAGAGGAGCGAGCCAUAGUUCAGUUAAGAGAAUUCAGUGAAAGCAGCAGCUCAUCGUCAGCUUCCUCUGAUGAUGAGGACCUGGAAGAAACCGUGCACCAGGAAGUGGACCACCAGAGCAUUGCUGACAGCCUGGCUGAGCCUGAGUUCUCUGGGCUGUGGGACCAGAACUACGAGAAUCUCCUGAAUGAGAAAACUACAUUGGUGCAGACAGAAGUAAAGCAGGAAGAACCUGCAAUGUCCAGUGGAAAGCUCAACAUGGCUGCUAAAAAAGUUCAUGGAAAAGAGUUCAACGGGUCUCCAUUCAUCAGUAAACCAGAGGUCAUCCUUUUCAAGGACUUUGAAGUGGAGAAACUGUAUAAGAAGAAACUUGUCCUGACCAACAUCAGCUACUCCACUAACCACUGCAAGCUUCUCGGGGUCUCUGCUCAGCUGAAGGAUUUUAUCUCCAUCAACUUUGAUCCUCCAGGUUCUUUAUCUGCUGGGAUGUCCUGUGAGAUGCAGACUGUUUUCCAACCUAUGAUCAAUGAGGACCUGGAAGGAGAGAUCCAGUUUGCAUCAGCGGUGGGUCCUUUCUCUGUGCCGGUCAGAUGCACGAUAAAGAAAUGUGAUCUGGAGGUUGACAGCCAGUUAAUUGACUUUGGUUCACACGUGGUGGGUCAGACUAUUUCACGGACUAUCACCUUGACCAACAAAGGUGCACUGGGCACCUUCUUCAACAUGGAUACCUCCACAUGUCUCUGUUCAGAAGCUAGCCACGUCCAGAUGCCAUCUCAGGUCUCUGCCCACACAUGCCAGGACUUUCUCAAUCAAAGCUCAACAUCUGACAGUCAGAAGAGCUCUGCAUCCAUGGGCACUGGAGAAAUCCAACCAAAGCAAGAGAGUCAGGAGCUCUCUGAAGCAUCUCAGCACGAAAAACCAGUGUCAGAGGCUUCAGCUGCAGGUCCAGGAGCUAUUCCUGAGGCUUGUGUGUCCACUAGUGCAGAAGCCCAGGUAGAGGAGAGCCCCUCGGACUCCAAUGAGAUAAGUCUGGGAAAUGUAAGAGAGGGGGAGAUCGGACCUUUUCAAAGCAUCAAACUGGAGGUUGUUUUCAGUCCAACUGUCCCAGGAGAAGCUAAACUAGACUUCCACAUCAAGUUCUCCAACUUAUCCAGCAAACCGAUACCCAUCCAGGUGAGGGGAACCGCAGUCAGCAUUCCUGUAUGGGUGGUUCAGCCCAGCAUUGAUCUGAAGAUCUGCAUAUUUGACCACCUCUAUCAAGACAGUAUCAUUCUCCAAAGCAGAGCCAACACAGCCUUGAAGGUGACUUUUGAGGUGUGUCCGGAAAUGAGGAAACACAUGGAGAUCUUACCAAAGACCGGCUUCAUCCAGGCUCAAUCAAGUUUUAAUGCCCAACUAAAGUUCCUGCCAAGACGCUCCUUAUCCAGAGAUGUCAAGACGUUUUUUGACAGUGGUACAGGAGUCCUGGAGGUUCCAAUGACAGUCCAAGUAGCAGGCCAGGUGCAGCCUGUCCAUUUCACAGUCCAAGCAGUUGUGACCUCCUCAGACCUGCAGUUUGACCACACUGAGGUGAACUUUGGCUACUGUUCCAUUUACCAGUCGGUCAGGAGCAGCGUUCGCCUUACCAACCUGUCCCUGCUGCCUCAGGACUUUGGCUUCUUAGGUGUUCCAGAGUUUAUUGAGGUCCAGCCUAAUGACGGCUUUGGUACUCUGCUCCCACAAGAGACCCUGGAGAUUGAUCUGAUUUUCAGUGCCAACAAGGCCAAAGAGUACAAUUUCCAGCUCAGAUGCAAGUCUGGAAUUAACAGAGAUUUCCUAGUGUCUUGCCGAGCAGUGGGUGUCCGCCCUCCACUGGAGCUCUCCCAUUCUCUGGUCCAGUUUGGGGCCACGGCAGUAGGUGACCGCUCCACUGCCGUACUUUACCUGAUUUACCAUCACACCGACCGUAACCAGUCCAAACAACCGGUCACUCCAGUGGUCAAGGACGCCAUGGCUCCUGUAACACCCAGGCUGUUCUCCUUCACCCUACCCAAGGACUCAGACAUCAGCAUCACACCUUCCGCAGGACGCCUGCUCCCAGGAGAGAGAUGCUUGGUUCAGGUGACGUUCAGACCCAGACUGUCGGAGCAGGAGAUCAAAGAUGAGGCGCUGCGUCUCCUCCACCGAGCCAAGAUGCUCCAUGAGAAGGAGUCGGAGAUGAAUAGAAACGCCGAACAAGAGAGUAAAAAGGAAGUCCCAGUGGAACCCAGCAAAGGAAAACAAGCACCUGCGAAUCCAAAGAAGAGCAAAGUGUCAGACGACCCAAAGACAGACAAACUAACUGAAUCACCACAUCCUGCCGACAUACAGCCUGGGUCAGAGCUGUAUGAGGAGGCCAGAGACUCUUUACUGUACUCCUUCACUCAGCGCUACAGCGAGUUCACCAUCCCCUGCUUUAUAUCAGACGGAGACCCCCCUGAGGAAGACAGACAAGCCCAGCCACCAUGGAGUCCCUUCAAUACACUCCACUUGAAGCUGCAGUGUCCUGCUGUCCAGCCCUCUCUAGUGGUGAUAUCCAACAAUGGACACAGUAUCAUAGACUUCCAUAAGGUGGCAGUGGGGGAGAAAGUGAUUAAGAGGUUUACAGUUCAGAAUAUUUCAAAGGAGUCUUUGGAUCUGAGGUCAUCAGUGCUGGAUGUGCAUGGUCCCUUUUCCCUUCUUAAUGCUCUCAGAUGCAUAAGACCUGGAGAAAAACACACUCUGGUUCUGGCCUUCAGUCCAACUUUGGAGAAAACGUUUUGUGAGACUCUGGGGAUCCACAACCAGAAAAUGACCUUAGAGGUGGCUCUGUGUGGGGAGGGUGUGGUCCCUGCUGUCACCUUGUCCCACCCUGGAGGACUCCUUGACUUUGGCUAUGUGUUGGAAAAGGAGACCACCUCACAGGUCCUAAAGCUGCAGAACAGCUCGGCAGUGGCAGUAGGUUUCAGGGUGCUGUUGGCCAGCCUCUCUCCCUCCAGGCCUCAGGGUGGAGCUGACAGGGUGCACAUCCUGCUGGGCAGUUACACAGACUCUCGGGUCCAACCUACUGUGGGAACCCAGAACUACAGUGGACUGAGUGUGUUCAGUGUGGUGCCAGUAGAGGGCAGCAUUGCUCCAGGACAGAGCCAGGACAUCACUGUCACCUUUCAGCCUGACCACCCGUCUGUCAACUAUUCUGACAAACUCACCAUAGAGCUCAUGAAUAAGAGUAAAGUGUGUGUGAUGGAUCUAAAGGGUGCUGCCUCUUCACAUAACAUGUAUCUGUAUGGAGGAGACAUGUUGACAGUGCCCAUUGAAUCCCUCCUCCCUCCACUGAUGACCAGUCAAACUCACCUCACAGCAGAGUCAGAGGUGAUGGAGAAACCCAGCAUCUCUGUGCUAGUGACCCUGCGGGCUAGCUACAGCGGGGGUGCCAUCACACCUGCAGUGGGGGAGCUGCAGGUUGGCUGCAUCCGCUCCACACAGCCCAGUAAGAAGAGCGGUGAGUUUUACUGGGACAAUGUGGCAUCCCUUCAGCAGCAAGGCUUCAGUGUGGAGCCCAGCAAAGGCACUGUGGAGUCCGGCCACAAAUGCACCAUCACUGUCAUGUGGACUCCUCAGAGUGGACACAAGCCCUACGAGGUGGCGCAGACGUGUGUGACUCUUACUUUGAAGGGGGAUGAGAGGAACAUUUAUAGAGUCACCUUGAUGGCUUUGGUCUCCACCACUGAUGACUAACCUCUGCGGUACCUGGACGACAGCCAGCAGGCAAAUCUGCUCACACACACACACACACACACACACACUGACACAAUACACAAAGACGUGUUAUACUGUGUAUACUGUAUAUGGAACCAGAAUUAACAAACGAAUUAAUUUACUUAUGAACUGAAUUAAACAUGUCAUUCUGCCAUACAGUAGCUGUGUACACUAGAUCUAUACUGUUAUAUAUGUGUUAUAUUACUUCAACUGGAAGGAUUUUACUGUAACACAAAGUUAGUACUUACUGUCAGUGUGUCAUCAUUAUACAUGUACUGUAAGUUCAUCAUUGAAUUUUAAUCGUAAAUGCAUUUUAAAAUAAAGUGCUCACCUUCAAAUAAUGUUAAACAGAAACUAAUUCCC